AUGAAUCACGACGAAGGCGCCCCUGAGGUUGAGAAGGUCCGCAACGGCUCCGAUGCUGAUGCCGAGCGACUUGCUGAGAUGGGCUACGUCCAAGACUUGAAACGGAACUUCUCGGUCUGGUCAGUCUUGGGCGUUGGCUUCUCUUUGACCAACUCCUGGUGGGGUGUCUCGGCCGCCCUGAUAACUGGCAUCAACUCGGGAGGCUCAUGUCUGCUGGUCUAUGGCACGUUUCUCCUCGCUCUCGUCUCCAUUGGUGUUGCUGUUUCUCUCGCUGAGCUGGUCAGUUCAAUGCCCAAUGCGGCCGGACAAAUCUUCUGGGUUUCUGAGCUCGCUCCUAAGAACUAUGCCCGUGGCGCUGCCUAUGUGACUGGGUGGCUAGCUUGGGCUGGAUCUAUCUGUGCGUGCGCGACGGUCUCUCUUUCUGUGGCAUCUGCUGCCAUCGGGUGCUACCAACUUUCCCAUCCUGAAUUCGAAAUAAGCCCUUGGCAUACUAUUGUUGGGUAUCAGGUUGCCAAUAUAGUAGUAUUCUUCUUCAACUGUUACGGACGGACCCUCCCGAAAAUCGCCGCUAUUUCACUAUACACAACAUUGAUCUCCUUUGUUGUAAUCCUUAUCACAGUCCCCUCAGUUGCGAGGACACAUCAGGACGCCAAGUUCGUUUUCGCAACCUUUAUCAACAAUACUGGUUGGUCGCAGGAUGCCAUGGCAUUCAUCCUUGGGCUCAUCAACGUCAAUUAUGGCUUUUCUUGUCUCGAUUCAGCCGUCCACAUGGCAGAAGAAAUAGCCCAGCCAGAAAGAGCUAUUCCGAUUGCCAUUAUGGGCACUGUAGGGAUAGGAUUUGUCACUUCCUUUGGAUUCAUUCUCUCCAUGAUGUUCAGUCUCUCUAACUUUGAUGUUGUAUCAACAACUUUGACCGGUGUCCCCAUCCUAGAGCUCUUCUAUCAAGCCUUGAAAAACAGAGCAGGUGCAAUUGUUCUUGAGACUCUGGUAAUUGCUACCGGAGUCGGAUGUCUGGCGGCUUGCCACACAUGGCAGUCAAGACUUUGCUGGACCUUUGCUCGAGACGGGGGGCUCCCAUUCUCCUUGUCUUUAGCCAAGGUUCACCCCCGGCUCGACGUCCCGCUCAAUGCUCAUAUCACUAGCUGCAUCCUGGAUGCUAUUCUAGGCUGUCUAUAUCUUGUCUCAACAACUGCAUUCAAUGCAAUUCUAACGGGUUGUAUUGUUUUGCCUUACCUCUCUUAUGCCAUUCCGGUCUUAUGCUUGCUCAUAAAAGGCCGAAAUAAUAUCAAGCAUGGACCAUUUUGGUUACAUUCUUUUGGCUGGGUAUCAAAUAUCGUCCUCCUUAUGUGGGUGUUGUUUACCUUCGUCCUAUACUCGUUCCCAUCAUAUUUACCUGCAACGGCCGAUAGUGAGUAA